AUGGCCGAUUUUCAAACGGAGUUGAGCAAGCUGGAGGACCUCUUCCGGUCCGGCUUCAUCAUCGAAGACGAGUACGCGCAGAGAAAGACCGAACUGCUGGCCCAGCAGUCCUCCGCGCCUGCCGCCGAAGAGAAGCCGAAGGAGAAGGAGACCGAUGUGGAACAAGGCGAAGAGCACGCGGGUCACUGCUGCCAGCACGGCCACGCGCAGCAUGACCACCACCAUCACCACCACCACCACGAAGGCGGAGACGACGAUGAAGAUGAUGAAGACGAUGAUGAGGAGGAGAUCUACUGGGAGGUAUGCACAACUGUCUGUCGACACUCGUGCCGCUCGUUACUGACUACCACCCUCACCACGCCACCAUCGUAG